AUGUGGAGAGCUAACCGUCACCUUCUUCCCCCGCAAUGGAAUAAAUUAUCACGGCAGUGCAAAUGGUAAGACAGAUAGUUUUACCUAUCGUAUCUGUUAAAACAUGCGUGCUGACUGCGCAAUUUUUGAUAAACAUAAACUUCCCUCUUGCGUCACUUUUCUUAUGGAUACACAUUUACCUCUACAUAUCUUUGAAGUAUUAUCCACGGAGUCAUUCAAGCCUUAGCUGACCUCUGAAUCGGCUUUUUGCUCAUGCUGUUUUAACUGUGAAUCAGCUGAAAGUUAAGGAAAAAUUUACUAAAUUGGGCACAGGUUUUUGUGCCCCCGCGUGCAAAUUUGCAUCAAUUUGUUAUGUGAUUAUAUGCCUAUUCUCCCUAUCGUUCUCCAUACAUUUCCUAAGGUGCCGACAAAGAGAAUUUGGUUAACAUUCAACAGCUUUAAAUGGCGAUCAUAUUCUUUAUUCUCGUGACCAAAAUACGUGAUUCAGGGUAGAUAUUGUAGGGAGAAAUUACAUGCUUGUCACUCAAGGGGGGGGGUCAAAGGUUCAAAUGUUUUCUAAUCUUGUUGCAAUAACAGGUCUGCUUUGAAGCGUGGUCUUUGUGCACUGAAAGAAGAGAGCAAGAAAUGCAACUCUUUAGAUGCUGCAAGUAAGUUCUAGACCUGCUUGGAACACAUGGUGAUUUAUAGUCCUGAUGCAAUAUUAUUGACUGAAUUAUUUCUUUGGACAGGUCAGCUGAAACCAGGGGACAGAAUACAUGGAUAUACAGUCAACAAGGUAUUUUACGAUUAAAUAACAUGGUCAAGUUCAGAUGAUACACAUAAUGGCCAGAGUUUUCACAAAACUUUUCAGAUCAAUAUCAGUAUCUGUGCAACUGCCCACCUACCCCUCCCCUAACCCAACAACAGUCUAUUGAUAACAACUUAGGCUUAAUGUUGGGUUAGGGAAGGGGUAGGUGGAAAGUUGCCCAGAUACUGAUAUUGAUUCAACUUUUCAAAAGUAUGGUGAUCAAUUAACUGGAUAAGACAUUACAAACCUAUUGAAUUUGUAGUAAUAGUAAUUGCCAUCACCAUAUCAUUACUAAUUCAUAACAUUUUGCAUGGUAGUAGCAUGUAUAUUUAGGUGAUUUUCUGCCAUGUUGAAAAGGUGAUUAAAAUUAAGAUCAAACUAAACCAAAAUGACAUAGUCACAGGGAGUAAGAAAGUGUCGCUAAUGUAUUGUGAAAUGACAUUUCAUGAUAUUGAAUGGAAGAAAAGGUUUCACACCUUUGUUGUUACUCAAUAAUUAGGCCCUAGUUUUUGGAAGGGAGGAUAACACUGUCCACUGGAAAAAUUGCUGUUUACUAGAUAGUGCAGCACACCUUGCCCAAGAUAUGAAUAGCCAUUUAUCCGUUAGCUGGCAUUAUCUGCCCUCUGAAUAGCUGGGCUAAGUUAAAGGGCAUGUAAACCCAAAAAUACAUGUUUUUCUUAUACUAUGUAAAAAGUGGCGUAGAAAACGAAUUUGAAAUUAGUUUUGUCCAAUUCGACUUAUUUUAGGAGAAAAUCGGCAUUUUCAACUGAAAUUCCAUUUCCGGUAAAAACAAUAGCGAGAAGUCGUGACGUAAGCGGUGGAACCAAAAUAUUGCGCAACACAUAUUCCCCAGUAGAACUGGUGUGGGAGUUCGUGUAAGUAGCGGUAGUUCGGAAGAUGUUUUUUCAGAAGAUAGCGACUCGAAUGCCUUAAGCUUAGUACAUGACAGCACUGGGGAUAAUCCAGAAUCUUCAGGAGAGUCUGGGCCACGCCCUUAACAAUAUGAGCCGUGUAGGGUUCACCGGCGAUCCGCACGAAGACAGUACAGAACGUGUCGACAGCGAUGCAACCGCCUCGAAACUCAGACUGGUAUUUAAUUUACUUUGUGAUUUAUUUGUAUUUAACAUGAAAAUGCAAUAAAGCGAGGGUACAAUCUAAAGGAAUGCAACGGAAUUUUUUUUAACUUGAGCUUCUGAAAGUGUUUUAUAUAAAAUUAUCAAAGGUGCGAGUGUAGAACUUGGCAACCAAUGCCGACAACUCAUGAAAGUGUUUGUUGUACGGAAAUCGGGCAAUUGUGGCAAAAUGGCCUGAAACCCAGAUAAGUUGUAUCACUGAGCAUCCAGGUUUUCAGUCAAUUUGCCUCGAUUUCUGGGUGCUGGAGACGGCCAGCACGCGUACAGGCAGCAGCAAAGCACAGAUAAUCACACACCGAAAACGACUAAGCUAAAUAUUUUCUGUUUCAUCUGUUUUGUUACAUUUUGAGAUCGAUUUACUUGAGUUGUUUCUGCCAUUGAUUUAAUAAUACAGUACUAGAGCUAGCUGUUUUUCGCUUCUUUCCUGACAGGAAAUUUCGCUAAAUUGCCUACAGAUAGCUUGUUCGUUGGUGUUGGGGAUAUCUCGGCAAACACUUUAGGGUCGCUGUGCUAUCUUGUGCGGUAAACAAUAUCCUUCAUCUCAGAAGCAUUUCCAUCGAUAAACAAGUUGUAUCAUGUACAUUUCCUUGUGUGGCCUUCAUAAUUAUCCAACCCUGUUUGUGUUUGCUUCGAUUUGAAAUAUUGAAAAGAUAGUUUUGCAAGCUGAAAUCAGGAUCUUUUAAGUUGUACUCAAAAUGAUGAAUAUUGUCCUACUGACCUUUGAAUGUAUUUUCACUGCUGUGAAAACCGUGACACAAAUUCUUCUGUUGUUUCUCUGCAGGGUUUCUCAAAGGAAGCACCAAGUGGGGCUGGCUUGGAUUUUCUUAUAGAACAUAAGGGUUGAUUAUGGGAUCCUGUAUAGAAUUCUUUGUAUCGAACCGACAAAAUUCCAGAUCACGUUAUUACACACUGAUAUCAACGAAUUCUCUUUCUUUGAUACGUGUUUCGAAUUCAGGCAAAGGUUCAGACAUGUCAGUGUCUUUUACGGGCUCAGCGCUGGCUCCGGAACAACUGGCUCCCCCAUAAUAUUUCAUUAGAUGAGAAAAAAGAUGUUUUUAGAGAACCAAUAAAGCUAUUGUUGUUUAAUUAACGAAACGUUUUCAUGUAAAUCGAUUUUGUACGUUCUCUGUUGACCUCUAACUUUUGAAGAGCUCAACUUCUUUCUCAGUUCGGUCGGCCACUUCUGAAUCCUCGUCGUCUGCCGACUGUAUGGGUCGUUUUAUACUUCGAAUAAUUUGCUUCUGGUGAGGCCUGAAUCGUCGGUACAGCACCAGGAAGAAAAAUGACUGCUACAAACAACAGAACGUUCGAACGGCUCUACGAAAUUGGCUAUUUUCACUUGAACAAAUUUCACAAAUUGUCGCUUCAAAUUUGCGUCAUUUGGAAAUAUUUAGAUUGUAUGCCCAGUUUUGUUUGAAUCAGUACAAAACUGGACGACACAACGCUUCACCAUUACGAAAAAAUUGAAUAUAUUGAAGCAAACUGUAAGUAAAAAAAUCAUGACGAGACCAGCAAACAACGGCUGUAGAAAAGACUCCUUCGUGCCUCACGCGAUUAUAAAACGAGACUUUGGAGAGUCCACCCGUGACGUCACAGGAAAGAUGGCGCCAUUCAAGAUGGCGAAUGUUUCGAAUUUGGAAGAGCUUUUACAAAGUGAAAAUGGACUUUUGAGAAUAAACGAAUGGUACCUUUGGUGUACUUGAUAUAUUUACUAAACAUCUAUGUGAAAAGAAAAUGAACGUUUUUUGGGUUUACAUGCCCUUUAAAUUAUAAAUUUUCUUAUCUUUAUUUUCUCAGGUUGUGCCAGUACCUGAACUGUUCCUAGUGUCUGUCCAACUGACACACAAUAACACAGGAGCCCAGCAUUUACAUAUUGCGAGAGAUGAUGCCAAUAAUGUUUUUGGGUACAAAUGAUAAUGACUUACUAACUAAACAGUAUUUUUGAAGUGUCAGUUUUUUUUUUUAUGAGUUGGGUUACUGUUGCUAACUUCCAUGUGGGUUUGGUAACUUUGCUUAGCUUUUCACUUGAUUAGCUCUUACCCCUUGUUGUCCUCCUUGCCCAUCAAUAAAUAAAUAUUAUUCCAGCUCUGUGUAGUGUGGUGUAGUACAGUCUAGCCAAGCCAAGCCAAGCCAAGCCAAGCAAAGCUUAACGUUUUACACCACAGUAUUAAACAAGAUAAUGUAGAGACUUAAUGCAUGUGCCAAAAAGGAUUAAAUUGAAAUAAAGGUGCCUUCUGGGGACACAUCUGAGAAUAAUAUUCCUCUUUAUUGCAGUGUUGCAUUCAGGACUACUCCAAUGGACAGCACAGGGGUUUCCCAUAUUCUGGAGCACACAGCUCUGUGUGGCUCACAGAGCUACCCAGUCAGGGAUCCAUUCUUCAAGAUGCUUAACAGAUCCCUCUCUACCUUCAUGAAUGCCUUCACAGGUAACAGAGUGUUGUAGAGAAAAUUCUAAGAGAUCCCCUCAGGAUCUAAAUAAAUUAUAAUCUCAAUGGCUGUUGCUCUUAUACCAUGAGACCUUCUGAUACUUUAUAACUAGGUAGGCAACUUACUAGGUUGGUAUGUGGCAUAUGGCCCACACACAGCUAGGCUUGGAUUAUGGUGUGGAGCUGAUGAGAGAUGAUAAAUUUUGAGCCAAGUUAUCAUUUCAAAUAAGAUGUUAUCACUGGGUUUUUUUGCUCAGGAGAAAUAUGAUAAUUGUCAAUUAACUCUAAUGAUUGGGUACUUUUUUAACAUUCUGUAAUUAUAUGUUAAAGCUCUCAUGUUAAAAUGAAUCAACUGAUGAAUAACAUGAAAACCUCUAGCCAGAGAUAUGGAAGGAUUUACAAGCAUUUCUCUUCCCAUAACCUUUGGAAAGCAAUCAAUUUAUGAUUAUGAAUUAAAGUUAGUACUAUUAUUUGGGAGUGCACUGCAUAUUCCUUCUGGACACCUAAGUUUCCAAAAGCCAGACAUGUGCAAAAUGCAUCACAAAGUUAAUCUCCUGAUUGAUAUGUUUGGGGAAUUUUGCUUCAUCAUUAUAAACUUUAAUUUUGCAUGAUAAUACUCAACCUCUUAACUGCAAUAAUCAUGCAAGGAGGAGUGGAAAUAAAUUAUGUAAUACUGUAAGUGUCCUGUUAAAUCUUUUCUCUCCUUUUCAGCCAGUGACUUCACCAUGUAUCCUUUCUCAACUCAAAACCCAAAAGACUUUGAGAAUUUGCUCUCUGUUUACCUGGAUGCAGCCUUCUUUCCACAACUAAGAGAGCAAGAUUUCAGGUCAGUUUGACAGAAAUUAAAGAAAUAAUGAUACUUUAAAUUUGUAAUCCCAUAUCUAUGAUUUUAAGGCAGUGGUUAAUUGUGGUGCACACACCACUCAACCUUAUCCCAGUUCCAUAGCAUGAAACAAUGAGAAGUAGCUACUCUCCCCUUGGGAGAAUUCUUGUCCUUUGCAGGUUAAUAACAGCAUUUCAAUGGGUUUCUGUUUAGCUCACAGGUAAUCAUUUAUAUACCUGAGCGACAAGAGACACUGUGGGGUUGAAGUGUCCUUGAUAGAGGUGACCUUGGCUUGGGCUUAAUCCUGGAGGUUUUGUUUUGGAGUCCAAAUCAUUUGGCCAUUACUUCUCUCAUCUGCUUAGCCAGGGAACAUUGUCCUCACCCAGUGUUAAAUAAAUAUACUUGAACAUAUUUAAAGGUGUAUUACCUUGAGUUGAUGGUACAUGUACAAUGUAACUUUUGUGCAAAGAAGACCUCUCUUUUGAGCAGUGGUAAUUUUUUAAGCUUAACUAUCUCACACACACUAAUGAUCCCCUUAAUUUCUGCAGCAUUUGAGUUUGUGAUACAGUGUAUUAAGUGGGAAAAAAUGCUGUUGCUUUACCAGGCAAGAAGGUUGGCGGCUAGAGCCUGAAGAUUUGGCCAAUCCAGAUUCACCAUUGAUCUUUAAGGGAGUGGUUUUCAAUGAAAUGAAGGGUGCCAUGGUAAGAGGGGAAUACUUGUGUUCAGUGAGUGAGUGAGAUGUACAUGUGUCCAGCGAGUGAGUGAGGUGUACAUGUGUCCAGCGAGUGAGUGAGGUGUACAUGUGUCCAGUGAGUGAGUGAGGUGUACAUGUGCCCAGUGAGUGAGUGAGAUGUACAUGUGUCCAGUGAGUAAGUGAGAUGUACAUGUGUCCAGUGAGUGAGUGAGGCGUACAUGUGUCCAGUAAGUGAGUGAGUGAGUGAUUUGAAAAGGACUGAAUGGUUAGCUUAUCUGUAUGAGUGAAACAAGGGCAAGAUUGACGGAAUGAUUAACUGGUGGACUGGCUUACUUAUCAGCUAAUUGACUGGCUGACUAACAGACUGACCUACUGGUCAACUGUCAGACUAAGGUAAUUUAGUGUUAACAACUGGGUUGAAAACGUAAAUUAGCCACCGUAAAGGGUAAAAAAGCUGACGUUUCGAGCGUUAGCCCUUCGUCAGAGCGAUUAGAGGAAUUGUGGGUUGUGUGUGGAUUUAUAUGUAGGAAGUGGAGCUACGCCAUUGGUGGGAAUGUGGUGACGAGAAAACAGGAAUAAAUUAGUUGAAUGAUGUGCGCUCGUUGAUUCCGUGGGGAUUAAGGGUGCCGAUUUGGAAUAUAAAAUUAUAAAUUUUUAGUUAGAUCUAUCAUUCUUAAAAAUUUUAAAUUACUCCAAAACGAUUCAGAGACUGGCACUAUCUUUUACAAAAACAUAGGCAACUUUUUAGUCAGGAGUUCAUUUCAAACCUAUGACCAAUCUGGAACUUUUAAAUGCGCUCGCUCACGAUGCAAAACUUGUCCUUUCAUUCACAACGUAGAGAAAAUAUCGGGACCCAAAAGAUCCAUUAAGAUCUUUGAUCACUUUACGUGUACCUCCGCCAAUGUUAUUUACUGCAUAACUUGCACUUAUUGCAAUAAGUUAUACAUCGGCGAAACAGGGAGACGACUGGGUGACCGAUUCCGAGAACACCUUCGCGAUGUGGAAAGAAAUGACAAGGACGCAUCCAAACCAGUCGCUAGACACUUUAAUCUACCUUAUCAUUCUAAACAGCAUAUGGCAGUUUGCGGCCUUUCCUUACAUCUAGGCAGUUCGGAAAGCCGUAAAACACUAGAACAAAAAUUUAUAUUCCAAAUCGGCACCCUUAAUCCCCACGGAUUCAACAUCAUUCAACUAAUUUAUUCCUGUUUUCUCGUCACCACAUUCCCACCAAUGGCGUAGCUCCACUUCCUACAUAUAAAUCCACACACAACCCACAAUUCCUCUAAUCGCUCUGACGAAGGGCUAACGCUCGAAACGUCAGCUUUUUUACCCUUUACAGUGGCUAAUUUACAUUUUCAACCCAGUUGUUAACACUAAAUUACCUGCUAUAUUCUCCCACCGACGCAGCACCACAGUUUCUUUAGAAACUUACCCCUUUUGUCAGACUUAGGGACUGAUUGAUCGAUUUAUGGACUGACUGACUGGCUGUCUAACUGACUGAUUGAAUGUUUGACUGACUGAGAUGAAUGAGAUUGCAAACCCUUAAUUAAGCAGGUAAUUAAAAGAAACAAGUGAAGUCUGAAUGAAUGAAUGAAUGAAUGAAUGAAUAGAUAAAUAAUUAGUAACUGUGUGUCUAAAUUAGUAAACUAUUCUAACUGGGGAGCUGCUGUGCAACUUUUUUCUGGAAAGGAAUUAAAUACUGAAUAAAAAAUUGAUUUCUUAUUUCUUUAGUCGACACCAGAGUCGUUAUUUGUUCAUCAUGCCCAAAGCAACUUAUUACCCAGUCACACAUAUAGCAACAAUAGUGGAGGGGAUCCACUGUGUGUUCCUGACCUCACAGUAAGUAUAAUUUACAGUUUACUGUUAUUCCCAUCCUGUAUCACAGUUCUUGACUCUUUUUAGGGCUUACCAACGAAAAUGCCAUUUAAUCAUAAUGGCAACUCUAUGCUAUUAAGGGAUUAGUCAUUUUCAGGUGGAUGGAAUGUUAUAAUUAGUUAGUCAAUUAAUGUGAGGGUGUAGCUGGCUAUCUGUGGUGCACUUACCAUGGUGCAAGUAUGACAUUCUUUGAUCUCUCUUUUUGACUUUUAUUAGUGGCAACAGUUAAAAGAUUUUCAUGCCUCACACUAUCAUCCCAGUAACUCCAGGUACAAUGUAUUUUUAAUAUCCAAAUGGACUGCAGUAUAUCUUCCUUCCUUAGUUUUUUCUUAUUCAAUUUGGUAGUCUUCUCAGUUGCUGGUUGUUUUGCAUGUCAUCAUCUUUAAAACUUAUUAUUUGAUGUAAUGAAUUUUUUUGACUUUGUUGAAAUAGUUACCAUUUUAACUUCCGUGAGUGACCAAGGUGAAAUCUCUCUUUACAACAUCAAUACAAUAACAAGGAGACAAGUGUUAAGAAUAAAGGGAAAAAUAUUGACAAGGGAAUUAUUGGUUGAUCUAAUAUCAAAUUCUCCCAACUAACAUUUUAAGAAUUGCAUGUGAGACAGUAAGGAGAAUUACCAAUGAGAUCUUGGAAGUGAAAAGGUUUUAAAAUGUAGCUGAACACUAUCACUUGAAGUCUGUGGCAAUUUUACUUUUUUUUUUUUCAUUAAGGAUAGCAUAAAUAAUUGAUGAAAAACUAAUCAUUGUAACAAUUAUGAAUUUCCAGGUUCUAUACCUAUGGAGACCUCCCCCUAGAGAAAAAUCUAGAAAAUAUUGAGACUAAAGUUUUACGCCAUUUUGACAAGAUCUCUGUAACAACAGAUAUUCCACAUGAACAACGCUGGUUAAAACCUGUAAGUAUCAAUGAUGAAAAAUUUAAUUAUUGCAAGAGGAGAGUUGCUAUAAAUUGAUUUCGUAGUGUGAUCGUUAUGUAAGGGGGGUGCUUCUAGUUUUCUGCAAUGUGAAUAGAUUGUUGCAUAUAUCAUUCUAUCAACUUUUUUGGCUCCUUCUUAAGACAAUUAUUGUUCAGCCAUUCUUUUAAACCAUUUCAUUUUCCAAUUUUCCUUUCUUUCUGUUGUUCUUAUCCUUUAUUCCAUCAUUUGUAAAUAAUUCCUCCAACCAGUAUUUUUAAAUGUUUAUAGGUGCAGAAUAGAGCAGCUAAGUUUAGUGCUGCUGGUUCAUAACCAAAGAGUGAGAAUGUAUUUUUUUCCUAUUUUGUUGUUAACAGUUACUUUGUCACUAAUAUUUGAUUAUGAUAUUUUUGUGUUUUUUAGCGAGAAAAACAUGUAACCUGCCCUGUUGAUCCAAUGGCUGCAAAUCCUGACAAGCAAACUACAGUGGGACUAAAUUAUUUAACAGGAAGGUUUGUUAAGUCCUGGUCUUGAUCAAGGAGUGUUUGUUGAUCUAAGAAAAUACUUGUGAGUUUACAAGAGAAGUCAUCUGAAAGAGACCUGAACACCUGAAAACAAGUCAUAAAAAUGCAUUGUUGUUUCACUUAAACAGACUCGGCCUAUUUUCUAGAUAUGUUAUAUCUAUGAGAGGUACAUGUUGCUUACUUUAUUAUAAGCAAAUUAUUGUGCCUCUCAGUAGAGAGAGCCACUUGAUAGAGUGCACACUAGUAAUCAAGACUGAAAAUUCUUGGCUUAUUACACAGAAUUCUUCAGCUAAAUUUUGAUGACCUGAGGUACUAUCUAUUUAGAUUUUUAGAAUUUUUUCCUUUCAUUAUACAUCUUUCACGUGCUAACACAUUCUGUAAUAAAAACCAUGAAAUAUAAUUUGAAGUUGACUUGAUAUUAAUUCCAUCCUCCUGAAUACCCAUUAUGAUAUUGUCCUAUCCACAGAACCACAGAUGCAUUUGAUAAUUUCUCCAUGGUCAUUUUAUCUUCGCUUUUAAUGAGUGGUCCAAACUCACCAUUCUACAAUUCCCUUAUCGCACCAAACAUUGGCUCAGAUUACUCACCAGGAGCAGGGUAAGUUGAGUUAACAGCCCCUAGGGGGGACCACUUAAAACUUUAGUUGAACAUGCUGAUUAGAGUGGUGUGGUAGUGGAGUUCAAAAUACAGAAGGUGAACCAGUAAACACUUAAACACAAGUCUUUACAUUAGGAAGUAAACUGGAUUGAGCGUAUGCGGAGCUUAUUAAAAGAAGCAUUUAUUAUCAUUGCUGUUUUGUUGAUAAGUUUUUAAACUUAAAAGUUUUCUAUGAGCAUGUUGCAAGUGCUGGGAAGUCAGUAAUGUUUAAGUUGUAAUAAUAUGUUAUCCUGCAACAAAUUCUUGUAAUUACUUAUCAAGGAAAUCUGUAGCUACUAGAAAUGAGAAUUGAGGGUAAGAUCUUGGAAUUUAAAAUGCUAACAAGUUCACUCUUAUUUGUAGCCAAGAUAUUUUAAAAAAUAUGUCUGUCUAUAAUGUUUUCAGCUGUAAUUAGAAGAAUGAUUUUCUUCUGGCUGUUCAUUAUAAAUGUUCAGUGCCUUGCAUUUAGUUAUUGUUGUGUGAUGCAACAUAGAUAUGAUUCUAUUUUUAAAAAAAGAGAUUUUUAAUAUUAUGUGGUGGAUUUCUCAAAGGUUUGAUAAUGGAACAAGAGAUGCUUCAUUUUCAAUUGGUCUUCAAGGCAUCAAGAAAGAUGACUAUGCAAUGGUUGUUGAACAAAUUCACAAGACAUUUGAUCAAGUUAUUGAGUAAGUAAAUCAUAAAGAGUGUAUAGCUUUAAAAAGCACAAGAUUGACUGAAAUUAAACCCUCACCCCCAAACUAAUAAGCCAAGAGACUUGCUAAGAGCUUUGAACUUUUUCUUGACCAUUUUGUUUUGGGACCACUUGCUAAUGUCAACAAGUCCUAUUUAAGCUGUACAAAAUUUUCAUCAUGACUGAGGGCCAAACAUUUUCCCAUCAGGCCCAACCAAACUCAGUCAAAAGUACAUGAUAUGUGCACCAACAUACCUGUGCGUUGUUUGCAGGGAAGGUUUUCCAUCUGAGAGGGUGGAAGCAGCUCUUCACAGGGUGGAGCUAGCAACAAAACAUCAGAGCAGUAACUUUGGACUGGGACUCAUCACGGUAAAUAUUGUGAUAGCCCUGUUACUCCAACCUGCAAUGGACCAAAAAAAAGGUUUUUCCUCAGAUUUUGCUUUCCCUUCAUUACUUUCUUUUUUGCUAUUUUUGUGUUGUAAGUUAUUUUCAUUAUAUACUUUACAUGUUUCACCACUGUUGCUCCAUUUCUGUAAGUAAUGUGUUACUAGUUGAGGAAGCUUACGGUAUACUUUAUAAGCCCCAUGGUUCCUUGGGGGCUUCCUUGCUGUUACUCUCCAAACUAUAUAGUAUGGUAUUUGGUUCUCUGGUGGCAAAUAUAUACAUAUAAAAAAUUAUUUUCUUUUAAAAUAUCAGCACAUUUUCAAAACAGAAAGAUGUAGAGAAGGAAAAGAAAUAGUAACAAGGGGAUCUAAGGUUGAUUUUACACCAAAUUCUCACUGCUAGAAUCAUUGGGAGAGCAAUUAUGACUGUGAGGAGAAUUGCUAUUUUGAUGCUGGGAGUAAAACGGUUGAAUGUUUGAUACUUUGUAUGUUUUCCAUGAUAUUAUGAACUGAGUCAGGAUAGUGUGUUCAUGUUUUGGUAGCAGGUAACUAUUGUUGUUAUUGCAAAGGAAUUUUGAACCUGUUCUCUCUUAUUAUUGCGCUUCUGAUACUAGUUCUAGUUCUUUUUGGCUCAACUAAAUCGAAAUUGAAAGAACUGGAACGAGUUGUACUUUAAGAAUCAGUAGGGCUGGGUUUGGAUGUACUUCCUUUUUCAAACCGUACGCUAUUUAUCCUGCUACAUGUAAUCAGAUGUCUCUUUUUAUCGUUGUUGUCUGUUGUUUGUUUGUUUGUUGUUGUUGUUGUUUUGUUGUAUGUGUACCGAAAUGCCCCAGGUAACUUGAUUAAUUUGUUAAUUAAGACUUCGUAAUGUUAUGUUUCGUUCAGGGAAUAAUGUCAGCAUGGAAUCACGGUGCCGAUCCAUCAGAAUAUUUGCUGAUUAAUGACCAUGUACAGCUGUUUAAGGUAUGUAUGGCGCCGUGUGCGAAACAAAUUUACCAUCUUUCUUCUUCUAAAGUUCCUAUCUUUCGAUUUUUUCGUUUUUUUCCUUUAAUUGAUCGUUUCAGUUCCCCUACAAUUUCAACAACAUUUGAUAGUUUAAUUUGCUUUCAGGAAAAACUAGCAAACGGACCAUUUCUACAAGAAAAAGUGAAGGAGUGUUUUAAGGAUAACCCACAUUGCCUGACACUUGUUAUGAAUCCUGAUGUAAGUACCGCUUUGGUGGCGCUUUAUCAACCGACCUCAUCGUUGAUAAAACCUGCAAGAAUACUCACUCAUAGAGAAUUUCAAUAAACGAUUUUGCGGUAAUGUUGCCAUCUUACUGCUUCGGGAAAUGUGUUUUUCAGCUCAUUCACUGGAAACUAAUGUUUUUGUGAGUAGGUAACAUAUAUACUCAUAGAUGUUCACAAAAUUAAAACUGGAGAAAAAAUUUAAUCAGCAUUUUUUUUCCCUGAUAUUUUCAUUUCUUUGUACGGUUGAAGUGUUUUUCAGUGAUACAAGUUCAUCAAUAGACGCAGAUUAACAGCCAGAGAUCUUUAGAACUUUUUCAAGUUUCAAAUUUUGCUUUCUUUCUAACUUUUUAACAGCCAGAGUAUGAGGCAGAACUGAACAAGAAAGAAAAAGAAAAGUUACAAAGUAAAGUUAGUUGUUUAUCUGAAGACGAUAAAAGGAACAUUUAUCAAAAAGGUAUGCGUAUCUUUUCAAAUCAUUAUACGGGGGGGGCUUACCCAUUAAGCGUAAAAUGGCCAAAAUUUGAACCAUUAGCCGUAAAAGCCAUCACCCCAUAGCGACUUCUGUGGGGUUUGACAUCUUGUUCCUCCAGCUACUGAAGAGGUUCUCAGCCCACAGUUGAAGAACGGGAGAAGACAACAAAGAUGAACAACGGCCUGCCAUAACCAAAAGUUUAAUUCAAAGUCAGUUCAGUGGCCUCCACAUCUCACCCCCUUCAUAAUUUAUUUUCCGAGUCGAGUGUAGUGGCUCACAUCCUCUUUGUUUGCUCAUUGUCAGGUAUUGAACUGGCUGAACAACAGAAUACUGUUGAAGAUGUGUCCUGUCUACCGAAGAUGGCGAUUUCUGGCAAGUGGUUCUUUUCAUUUGUUUAUUUCUGUUAAGUGUUAAGAAAAUUUCCUGACUUACUCAUCUAUAAGUUGACAAUCAUUUUUUUCCAAUCGUUUUUUUAUUUACAGAUAUUGAUUCUGAAGUUAAGCCAGUUAAGUUAGAACAUUAUAUAUCCGGUAAGUUUGAAACAAUAUGACUCUAGGUUGUGUUAAGGUAUUUUUGUAAGUAAGGAACCACUUACACCAUACACAAUACAGGUAGAAUCUGGAACUAAAAUUAUUGUGACGUGUGUUCUGCUUCCAGCUGGGGUCCCUGUGCAGUAUUGUGAACAACCCACCAAUGGGAUUACAUAUUUUCGCGCAAUUUCCAGCAUUACCGAUAUACCCGAGGAUUUACGGCAAUACCUGCCUCUCUUCUGCUUCAUUUUAACCAAGUGAGUACUUCAAUGAUGUCACACUGUCAACUAACACUUUCGUCUUUCUUGUAUAAACGCGAUGUGUAGGCGAAGUUCGUGAAGUGACGACUAUGUGUGUGUGUAUUUUUUUUCUAACUAGAAACUUCUCUUGGUUGUAGAAUGGGUGCUGGUAACCUCAGCUACCGUGAACUGUCCCAGCUGAUAGAGAUGAGAACAGGAGGCAUGGGCCUAUCAACACACGUGUCCUCUCACCAUAGUGACAUGAAAGCGUUUGAACAGGGUCUUUCCUUUUCCUCUCACUGUCUUGACAAGAACCUCCCUCACAUGUUUUACUUGUGGGGAGAAAUAUUUUCCAGGUUUGCGCUUCAAAUUUAAAGUCCUGCCUUAAUGUUAUGAUGAGAAGUAGACACUUUGGUUACUUUUGUCCAAAAUUUAUUGCAGACCUACUUUAAACGACCUUGAACGUCUGCGCACGCUCAUUAAUAUGCUUGCCUCAGACUUGGCGAUGUCUGUUGCUCACUCGGGACACUUGUAUGCGAUGGCACUCGCCUCUAGUUCCCUGUCUCCCGCGGCACACCUUAGUGAGCAGUUUUCAGGACUUUCCCAGGUAUGUAUCUUACAAUGAAUUUCUUGUUCAUACGCACGGGUACGAACUAGCAAGUGUUUGACGAUUUGGAAAUAAAGAUAACUCUACUGCGAAAAAAAUGAAACAGUGAGAUUCUUGGCAUCAUUUGGGACAACAUAUGUCUGUUUCGAUUCGCUUCAGGUCCUGUUUAUGAAGAACAUGGCUGAAAUGGAGGACCUGAAACCAAUUAUAGAGAAAUUCAGCUCCAUAGCAAUUGAGGUGUUGGAAGGUACACAAUUCAGGUAAGAAAUAAUUGACAAAACGCCUUUACAUUUCCUCGUGGGAGACAAGGUGGCCUAGAUUAAUGUGUUGUGUUCUUGAGCAAAACAUUUUCAUAGUGCCUCUACACCCAGGAGUAUAAACAGCGUAGCCUGAUGAAAUGCUGGUGGGUAACCUUGCGAUGGACUGACAUCUCAUGGGGGGGGGGGGAGUAAUGCUCCUAGUCGCUUCAUGCUAUGGAAACCGUAAUGCGUUCUGGCUGGAUGGUCCGCUCGAGUACAGACCUUUACGUUUUCGUCUCCUGAGUUUGUACUUCUGUUGCCGCGAUAGAUUGUAAAGGCGAUUUUUAGAGUCCCUCGCGUAGUUGAUGCAGACCGAGUUGUGUUUACCUUCAGAUGCGCAGUUAACACAACAGCUCAAGAACGACAAGCAGUGGAAAAUGCUUUGGAAGGUUUCUGUGAUUCGCUGUCCAGUAGUUUAUUCGAAGAGUCGUCUCAUGUUCAGGUAUGCUUCUAAAAUAGACUGGAGUAAAGCAGAUUUUGAGCCAGGAAGGAGCUGCAAGUCUUGAAUUAUUCGGCAAAAGUACAUGUGCUCAGCACAAAAACAAAGAUGGCGAUUGCGUGAUCAAAUGUAGAUUUUAGGCCAAAAAAGAUCAUGGGAACUCUUCACUAAAGAAGAGUUCCCUGAGUCAUCACUGCUUUAGCUUUCAUUCAACCCAUAAACUCCCUAUAUCUGAAGUGUAAUUCUCUUUUCUAACAGCCGUAAAUUUCCAUGUAAAUGAACUAAGAAAAUUUGAUGUUAUCAGUAUAUCAGAUAUCAGUCAAUGAGUUUUUUAUUCGAAUCACCUCUUUGCUGGACAGUGUAUCGGAGAACAUUGGCCUAACAACAGGGUUGUUUUUUAUAGCACCCAGACUACACGCCAUCUGCAGUGAAGACCCAUUAUGAGGUACCUCUCCCAGUGAAUUACAUAAGCAGGUGCCUACCCACAGUGCCCUACACACAUGAGGACCAUCCUAAGUAAGUCCGAGAUUUAUGUUCCUCGUUAAUUCAAGUGUCAGAAGUGCUGGUUUAAAAAAAAGAUUUCAAGCAACGUUUACGCGGAAAGACAACUGGCAAGAACUGGACUUUUUUUCCACUCUUAGGGUAUAAGUAGAUCUUUAGAAAGUUUAGAGAUCUAAAAAGGUGAAUGAAUUUGCGAAACAGUAACGAUUUUGAGGAAAAAGUUACCCUAUUAUUGGCCGUCGAAUUUACACAGGCGACUGUAUGAACCGGAUAGCUUUUUGGAACACUUUCCGGGAUUUCAUUCAUAGGUUUAGUUGGAAGUUCCUAUGUCGCACUAUAGCAAUAGUUUGUUUCAUAGUGUCCAGCCCUCUUUCUUAUUAACCCGGUCCAAACUGAACCUCUACGUUUACUUGUCUACGCGCUCUUUUUACUUACCUUUUACCUUAUCUUGCUUCACUUUCACUCUAUCUAGAUUAAGAAUUCUGGCCAAACUCCUCUCGGCGAAGUUUCUUCACCGCGAAAUAAGGUACAGUUUUAAACCGCCAACAAACUGAUGUAAAAACAACCAUCGCAGAUAUUUUGAACAGAAAGUUUUGUUCAUUAUAUUUUUAUGCAGUUUCUACCCACGUCUGUUUCUACAAUCCUGUCUGAAGUUCUUUCUUGUAGGAAAUCUCAAAGUUUUGGAUCUAAGGAGCAGCAGCAAUUUUCUUUUUUGUGAAGUGGAGAUUAUUUCGAAAGUCUGUUUCUGAGACAGAAUUUCGUCCCCCUUAAGACUUCAAGCACACUCAGAUUGGUUUGAAUUGAAGGGCUGAUUGCGUCCGUACAAUUAGUUUCACCGACUUGUUUCGAAGAAGUACGCGUCGAAGCGGUUCAUCGCACAGACCUUUCGAAGUGGCUAGUAGCUUCUUGUGUCCCGAUCAUAAAACGUGGCUCAAAUUUCUGCAGGUACAAUCAAGAAAAUUCGGUGUGAUGUUUAUUAUUUUGUUUCUGUCUUUCAGGGAGAAAGGUGGAGCGUAUGGCAGUGGUGCUAAGAUGGGAGGCGGUAUCUUCUCAUUCUACUCCUACAGGUAAACCUGUGCGUGUUUUGUGAGGUGUGCUUACGUUGCUUAUUUAGACAGACCGCUUUACAAAGGAUUGGGGCAGGUGAUCGUUGUAAAUGAUCUUUUUUUUAGUGAGAAGCGAUAGCUUCUAGCGAAGACUCUACAGCAGUAGUUAUAAAUUUGCAAGGUCUGCUUUUCGUUAUUUAGCCCUCCAUAAAUUUCAUACAAUCUCCAUAAACUCUUCAGUCUUUUUACCUCUACCUAAUUGACGGCGCUUUUUUUUUUUGCAGAGAUCCUAAUUUUGAAGGUACGCUGUCAGCCUUUGAGGACUCCAUUCAGUGGACACUUAAGGGAAAGUUUACAGACCAAGACAUUGAGGAAGCAAAGCUUUCUGUUUUUGCCGAGGUAAGCAUCAGAUACGACUUUACUUCAAGAGCAUUCGCAGAAACUUUCGUGACUUAUUUAUCUUCAUGGUCUGUUCAGGCCGACCAAUCAGAAAAUCAGUUACAGUAAAUGAAAUGUUUAUCGAGUGGUAUUCACUGGAUAACUCCAGCUGAUUCUAAUGCACUCAUAUCCUCUCAGGUCGACAAACCAGUAUCACCAAGCAACCGAGGCAUGCUGUACUUUACUCAAGGUGUGACAGAUGAAAUGCGCCAGGCAAACAGAGACCGGCUGUUUAACGUGACCAGAGAUGACGUCAUUCACGUGGCACGCACGUGAGUAUCGCAAGUUUCAUAUAGGUUAUCCGACAUGUUUUACGUGUUGUCCUGUUGAUAAUGGUAUGUUCGUUUUAGGUACUUGGCCUCCUCAGACGUUCCCAAUGCAGUAGCAGUGCUGGGGCCUGGAAACAACCUUACAGCCAAUGAUAGUUCGUGGAUUGUAAGAAGAGAAAGCUUGAGCUGACUUCGACAUCGCAGUAGGAUUAUUGUGACAUAUUCUAAAUGGGCGCCCAUGAUUAAAGACCGCAACUGGAGAUCACUGUUGGCAACUAAGAUACACAUUCACUCGGGUCUCUGUUGUGUAUGGUGAAGGAGCGUUCGAAACCUAAGGAGGUGGUGCCAGGAGAGGAAUGGAAAUAUCGAUGAAAAGCCCCCUUCCCCGCUCCUACUUAUCGGCACGUGUCGAUUUAAGCUGAGAGUGAAUGAAGCUUCUCUCAGAAACGUCGACGAGACAGAUUUGACUUGUUAUCCGUCUUCAAGCAAAUCUAGCUUGAAACAAUGUCCAAAUACAGUUCGUAGACCAAUUCCUGAUUAUCCGCCACACAAGAAUUCUCCGUUUGGUGAUAAACGUGAUACCAGAUCAAGCCACCAUAACACGCCUAAUUAUUUGCUACUCUAACUUGAGAAACUGAAUUUGUUUCUAACCGUUCUGUCUUCUUCAAGAAAUAAAGUUGAAAAACGAGACGACUGAUGAAUUCUCUCUUUAUUCACACGGCCAUUGGAAGUAAAGCAAUAAAGGAAAUAUUCUCUUUUUUAAUCAAACCAAGGUAAUUUUCAUACAGAAUGUCACAACUGCAGAAAUUCAUGCUUUUUGCGAAGAUGAAUGCAUUAAAAAAAAUCUGACUCGAUUACACAUUUUAGAAACCUUGUGUUAUGAAACAUUUGGUUAUUUAGUAAAUAGUUAUUUAAUUUUUCUUUUAUAUUUAGAAAGUAUUUAAUGUAUGAAUUCG